CUCAACCGAAACUUUUUCCGUCGUUGCAAGCUCCUUUUCCGGUCUUUUUCUCCUCUGCGCUCCACGCUAACGGAACCCUUCCAGAAACAUCUGCGAAGAAAAAACAGAAAAAAUAACAAAUUCUGCGAAAGAAAACAACACAUUUGUUUCAAAAACAUCAGAAAACUGUAAGUAAGAUGUCUUUAAACCCCGAAACUGGGAAAACACCUUUCUACGACUAUGGGGACGCGUCCAGCAUUAAGAACGCGGUGCUUCCGUUGGUGUCCAGCAACUGCUCGGACUAUGCGGUGGCCUUUUCCAACUACGAAAUGCGCCCGGCCCGCCAGAUCGGCGAGGUGGACCUCAUGAUCCCUAUGGCCAAGCUGGGCAUGCACAGCUUUCUGCGCCUCCACAGCUACUCGUGGCCGCAUCUCGUCAAGGGCAGGAGCUACGGCGCCAUGGUGGUGAGUGCUCCGCGUAGUGGUCGCACUCUAUCCUAUCUACCGCCGCUCUGUCACACCGUUUGCAAGACCGUCCAGAAUUUGGUUCGAUAUCCGGAGCUACGUGAAAAGUUUACCGGGCCGAUGGCCGUGAUUGUGGUGGCCAACAAGGAGCAGGUACACAACGUCAGCGGUCUCUGUUUCGCCUUGCUGAAGCAAUCGUGUCCGCGACUGGACGAAUUCACCCUAACCCUGAACGUGCCGCCCAGUGGAUAUACCCGGGAAUUCGUACUGAGGUUGUUAGCCGGCGUAGCGUGCUUGGUGGUCACGGCGGCCCAGCUGGACUGGGUAAUGCAUGAGUACAGGGAGGACCUACGCUCUGGCUGGACAACGCGAUAUCUGGUCUUAGACAAUGUGGAUCUCAUGGGCGAGACGCCGGUGAAAAUGUCCCGGGAGGUGCUGGAGAGUUUCCAGGUGCCGGGCCAUAAGCCCCAGGUGGUGGUGGUUACCGAGGCCUUCAAGCCGGAUCUGUUCGCCCAGUUGACGUCCAUGAACAAGCAUCCGGCCUUGAUUUUCGGCGACAACCUGGAGGCAGCCCUCUACGGCGGAGCCAACUUCAAGAUAACCCUCACCUCGAGGAUGAAUAAGAUCGUCGACCUGUUCCGGCUGGUGCGCCAGCGCGAUCCGAGCACUUACCGCACCGUCAUCUUCUGCGACGAUGACUCUGAGAUUAGGGAAGUGGUGGACAUGCUGGAGGAUUUCUUCUACGAUUACCUUCCUUACUACCAGAAUGCGACCCUGGACGAUCUGAAGAGUAUUCAUCGCUGGAAGCAGCAAACCCGCAACGAAAUACUCCUCUGCACCGACCAGUGUCCCGAGCUAAACAUCCGCAAUGCCCAUACCCUGAUCCACUACGGAAUGAGCCGCACCUGGAGCAAGUUCAAGCUGCGCCACCUCUUUCUGGCGGACAAUUUCAAGAACGGACUGCUACCGGAGGACGGAGAAACCGAUUGCCUGACGCUGCUUUCCUAUGCCAUUCUCGACGCCAACAACCAGAAGCAGCUGCCCCGACUGGUGGACUUCCUCCAGCACCAUCAGACGGUGGAUGACUCCAUAGUGAAGCUCUCCAAGAAGAUCCGCAUCGAAAUGGAGAGCAUCAAAGGCGUGUUGUGCCAGCAUCUGUUGAUCUGGGGCGACUGCAGGAAUCGCGAUUGCGAGGGUCGUCAUCGCUUGAAGGAAUCGGACAUGCGUCCGCCUCAUCUGCCCGCCAGCGGCCAGAUUAAAGUCAUCUUGAUCAAGGUCUACUCACCGACGCACUUUUGUGUCCGCAUCACGGAUCACAAGCAGCCUGACGGGCACUGGGAAGAGAAGAUGUCGCCGGCACUGUUCGACAUGCGUGUCCAGCUGGUACCGGCCAGUGAAACCCCUCGUUGGUGGCCACCAGUUGCCGGAGAUCUCUGCCUAUACCGCGCCAAAAACUCGCAGGAACGCGUCCGCAUCCUGAAGGUGGCGCCCAUCCAGUACCCCAAUCUUGUGCAGAACGACUUGGUCGUGGAGGUGCAGGCCCUGGACCGCGAUUCUCGCGUCUUCUCCACAACCAGCCAGCACCUGUACGCCUGUCCCGCGGCACUGAAGCGGGAGCCGCCCUGCUGCGUAGAUGUGCGUCUGCUGGGCCUGGUCCCAACGCACGGAGCACUCGGCUGGUCAGAGGAGGAGAAGCACGAGACGGAGCAGUGGCUGCUCAAAGAAAAAAAGCACCUUCUGAUGGCCAACAUUGUGAUGAGCACCUCCCACGCCAUUUACGUCAAUGACUUGGUGGUCAUGGUCUACGCCAGCCACUUUAAGAUUUUCCUUCAGCACCUCAGCGUGCGUCAGACCCUGAUCAAAGGCCGUAUGGCCCGGGAGUGCGAGCGGGCCAAGCGUAGUGUCCUGGACUUCUUCAGCGUGGAUAACUUCGAUGACGAGUUCGCUGGCAUGCCUGCACUGGUGCCUAUACGACGCUUAUACGCCCUUCCCCCAUCCCCAGAUAGUUCUAACUGUGAGGAGGUCGGAGAUGGAUCUAAUGAAGAGCCUGCACCGGUUGGUGCCAUUGAUGUAAAGGCAGAAGAGGUCCUUCUGGAGCAGUCUGGAGAAACCGGAGAAGUCUUCGAGGAUCAAACGGAGAAGCUCACUUCAGGAUCUGAUGAAAAGCCUGCACCGGUUGGUUCUAUCUAUGAGGAGACUGCAGAUGGGCCUUUGUUUCCAGAAGACGAGCCUUGGUUUUCAGAAGGGGAGGUCUUUUAUGAUGCCUAUCCGCCACUGGAGGACACUGAUGAAGAGCCUGCACCGGUUGGUGCCAUUGAUGUAAAGGCAGAAGAGGUCCUUUUGGAGGAGUCUGGAGAAACCGGAGAAGUCUUCGAGGAUCAAAAGGAGAAGUUCGUAAAGGCAGCAGAGGUCCUUCUGGCCAAAGACAAAGUCCAAGAGGAAACUUUAUCCGAUGCCGCAAAGGACUCCCUCGAUGUGGGGAUUGACGAGGAAGCGUGUGCUCCAAAGGCAACCCACGCGGCUGAAAAAGAGGACACUCGCGCCGAUGAAGGAAAGAAGAAGGCCGAGGAGCCUGGGGCGGUAACAGUCUAUGAUCCACAGAACGUCUUCGUCCAGUUCUGCGAGUGUCUUAAAAAAUGCUCCGAAAUGAGAAUGGAGGAAGUCGGUUUUCCUAAAAACCCCACCACCUUGAAGUUCGUGGCUGCGGAUCUAUUUUUGAAGAUGAAGAGUGGCGGCGAAGACCUAGGGUCGGUUUAUGGCCCGGUGGCGCGGGUGGAAAAUGAUAUGGAUGUCGACUAUAAAGCGGAGUUCGCUCGUUUCACCACUACCCUGGAUCCGAACGUUGUUCACCCCCAGGUGGUCUGGCACCAGACCCUCUUCUACGUGGAGUUCAGAUUCAACAUUCCCCUGGAGAAUUUCAAGUAUGAAGUGCAUGUCAUUAAGGAUCAACUACUCUUCCAGGCCACCAGCUCGGACUCGCCGGUGGUCUAUCAGGCGAUACUCAAGCUGGGCUACAAGUUCACGGAGUACAGCUGGAUGGCUAGCGGUCAGAAUGUGCAUGUCCGGAUCGGGAAAGCUAUUGGGGCGAUGUACCCAUUCAACUUCUCCGCUUACCCUUGCGUCCGCAUCAACCACGAGAAGACCGCCAAGCAGGAGGAGAUGAUGCAGGAGCGUCGUAAUGACCUCCACCGCUAUCUGGAAUCUGUGACGAAAAAAAAAACCGCCGAGGAGGAAUUCGCCGAAGGGGAGGUCGCCCAUGAGGAUUCCGAGACCGAAGGAGUCGAGGGGCCCAGUGUCGAUGACCAAUUCUCAGACUGAGCAUGCCUUUCAGGCCUUUAAGAUCUCCCAAGGACGAUCAUUAGCUUAUAGAUUACUUGACUAUUACGUAAUACGUAACUUAACCUUAAACCAGAAACCCGCUUGCGAUUCCGAAAACAUCACAAAACAAAGCCUUGAUCCUUAAUUGUAUCCCGAAACUGGAAUUCCUGGAAUUCUACAAUUCUACAAUCUGGAAGGAACAACAAUCUGCAGGAAUUGUAUUUGAAACUGAAACUAUAUUGGAUUGGAAACUGACAGCGAUACCUCCUUUCCAGGUUUCGGCA